UCAAACUCUCAUUGCCAGUCCUUCAUUCACUUCCCUCUUCUUAGGAUUUCGAUUUCCUCACUGAAAUUCCAUUCCCCGAUGGAAAGCAAUUCCCCUUCCACUGCGUUUCUCGACGUCCGUUUCGUUCUCUUCGGAUUCGAUCCCGUCAAUGAAAACAAGGUUCGAGGUAGGCUUGUUUAUGGCGGUGGAGUUGAUGCUGGUCAGUAUAGCCAAAGUUGUACUCAUGUAAUUGUGGAUAAGCUUGUUUAUGAUGAUCCUGUGUGUAUUGCUGCACGGAAUGACGGCAAGACGCUCGUCACAGCCUUGUGGGUUGAUCAUAGUUUUGAUGUUGGAAUGCCCGUUGAUUCCACUUCGAUUAUGUACAGGCCUCUCAAGGAUCUGAAUGGGAUACCGGGUGCGAAAAAUUUAGUUAUAUGCUUAACCGGAUAUCAGCGGCAAGAUCGAGAUGACAUUAUGGUUAUGGUCAGCUUGAUGGGUGCUAGGUUCUCUAAGCCAUUGGUGGCAAACAAGGUUACUCAUCUCAUUUGCUAUAAAUUUGAGGGGGAGAAGUAUGAACUUGCCAAAAAAGUCAAGAUGAUAAAGCUUGUCAAUCAUCGAUGGUUGGAAGAUUGCUUAAGGGAUUGGGAACUUCUUCCAGAAGAUAAUUAUUACAAGAGUGGCUAUGAUUUGGAGAUGAUGGAAGCAGAGGCUAAGGAUUCUGAAGAAGAGGCUGAAGACACUACAGUGAAGCAAUUUUUGGGGAGAAACAUGAAUAAGAGUCCUCAUAAUUCAAAAAUUGGGGUACCAACAACCUCUGAAUUGCCCACAUCAGUUGGUGAACUCUCACCUGCUCCAAAGGGUCCAUUGAAUGUUGAAAGUACAACGGUCAUGUUAUUCACUCCUGGAAAAGAGAAAACAUCUGGUCAAGCAUCAAGCUCUGAUAAUGUUGAUGUUUCUAAAGCGCUUGGCUGUCAGAAUACUAAUUCUGGCGAGCUACCUGAUCUGCUUGACCAAAAUCUAGAUCCUAUGACAGUCGACAAUGGUUUGACAUCUACCUCUAGAAAUGGUAAAAGGCCCAUUCAUUCUGAUGCCACAAUUAGUCCUUUAAGUGACUCGAUGAAAACUUCAAGGAGGUCCUCACUUCCAAUGUACUCUGGAGAAAUGCCAGGCAAAUUAAGUGACCAUUCUAAAGCACAUUUGGGUGAAGUCAGUGAUGAUUUUGAGAACUUUCCCUUCAGAGCAAAAGCAAAGGAUAGUUUUGGCUCUGGUUGUCUUCAAACUUCUAGGGAAGGAACUGAUUUAGUUCAUGGAAAAGAGUCAAGUGGUUUGUUGCCUCAAAAGAGGAUGGCAAAUGCUACUUAUGUUAGCUUUAAGUCACCGAAGGUGAGUAUUGAUUCAAAACCUUGCACAGCAACAAGUCCAGUGGCGGGUGAUAAAACUCAGGGAUUGGAACCAACAUUUUUGAUCGAUGGCCCCCAUGGAGCCAGCAGCCAUUUUCUACUUGGCAAUGAUGGCCUUCGUAUGGAUAAGACUCCUAAUCUGAAUGCUGCACAGACCUCAAAUGCUAACAUAUCAACGACUGAACCCUCAACUUGUAGCAAGAAGUCUUUGACAAGUGAUGUGCCUUCCUCUGAAACUGUAACCGCAAAGAAUGGACAAGAUAAUGACGCUUAUGAGAAGACGCCCCAAUCAUCUUUCCAGAGAUUAAGACAGCCUGCCUUAUCCACCAAGCCUGACAUUGUAGAUUUAGGUAUGGGGAAAUCUGCACUUGAAGUUGGAGAAAAAGGGGAGCCAGAGAAUGAGCAGCAGCAAGAUAUUGAGUCAUCUGCCAUUAAGAAAAAAUUGGCGACUGAGAAAUCUGACGGGCCUUGCAAUGCAAGCUUGCCUGGAGGAAAUGAUAACUUGAUAACACAACCACUUAGGAAGAAGACGGUUGCCAAAAAGACUUUGGGUUCAAGACCUAAGUCAACUGCUAAUAUCCAAAAGGGUCCUGUCUACGUAAAUAAAACUACCUCCCAUGAUGCUGCUGCAAUUCAUUCAGAUGAAGUGAAAAAGACAGCAGAUCAUGAGAAGUCUCCUCCAACUGUUAAUACUGAAGCACUGAAGGAGGUGCAGACAGAAAAUGUCAUGAAGUCUGGCGACUAUAUGGAGAAUAGAAAUGAAUCGAUGGGUGAUGAAACUGAGGCUCCAGAGAACAAAGUUGAAGAUGAGUUGGAGAAGCCACUUAAUGAACAGAAACCUGGGGUGGUUAUAUUGACAGAUAAAGCAGAUACAAUCAUGGAAGAGAAUUUGGAAAUGGUGCAGCAUAUUACAAAUGACUACAACACGAGCAUGCAUGAUGAUGCAAUGGCUUCAGAGGAAGGCGCCAAUGGAAUUGAACUAGAGAAGACUGUUUGUCACAAGAAUGUAGAACUUGCUUCAACAAGCUUAGAUUUAGACGGUCUCAAAGGGAAAGUGAAUAAAGGGAAAAAACGCCCUAUAGGUAGAACCAAGAUGAAGAUGGAUGUAAUGAAAUCUAAGAAAGUUGUGGAUGGUGAAGGAAGUGGGACUGAGAACAAUGAGGGGACGGGGACAGAAAAGGAGAAAAGAGUGUUGCUUCCUUCUGGUAAAACUAAGAGUUGCCCUGUUCUCACAAAUGAGUCAGAGAACCGUUGCGAAGGGGAGAAGGAGAACAAGCCAGUUAAAGAUUUAAGUCAGGGCAAAGAGUGCGUCAGGAAACCAUCUGUUAAAUCUAAUAUAAUGCCAAGGAAGAUCAAUCAAAAGGCAGGAAAGGUGAAUCAAAAAUCUUCAACAUCAGUGGGAGAGUAUCCGUACGGCGAGAAAACCGAACCUACAUGGUUUAUAUUGAGUGCUCAUCGACUACAAAGAAAGGAGUUUCAACAAGUUAUUCGGCGUUUGAAAGGGAGACUUUGCCGAGAUUCUCAUCAAUGGUCAUACCAGGCUACACACUUAAUAACCACAGAUCCAAUUCGCAGGACGGAGAAGUUCUUUGCUGCCGCUGCAUCUGGAAGGUGGAUUCUUAAGACCGAUUAUCUUACUGCCUGUAGUCAGGCAGGAAGAUUCGUGGCAGAGGAACCUUAUGAAUGGCACAAAAAUGGCCUUAGUGAAGAUGGUGCAAUCAAUUUGGAGGCUCCAAGGAAGUGGCGGCUCUUGAGGAAGAGAACAGGUCAUGGUGCGUUUUAUGGAAUGCGCGUUAUCAUAUAUGGUGAAUGCAUUGCGCCUCCUUUGGAUACUCUGAAGCGUGCUGUGAAGGCCGGCGAUGGGACCCUAUUAGCAACUUCUCCUCCGUACUCCCGCUUUUUCAAGUCUGGGGUAGACUUUGCCAUUAUCAGCCCCGGGAUGCCACGUGUCGAUUUGUGGGUGCAGGAGUUCUUAAAACACGAGAUACCCUGUGUUGCAGCUGAUUACUUGGUGGAAUAUGUCUGCAAGCCUGGGUACUCUCUUGAGAGACAUGUGCUAUACAAUACUAAUGCUUGGGCAGAGAAAUCAUUUGCUUCCCUGCAGAGCAAGGGGGAAGAGAUUGUUGAGGACUUGACACCACCAGAUGAUCACGGUAGCAAUGAUAUAGCCUGCCAGGUUUGUGGGUCUUGUGAUAGAGGGGAGGUGAUGUUGAUCUGCGGCGAUGAAAGUGGUUCUGUUGGUUGUGGGGUUGGCACCCACAUUGAUUGCUGUGAUCCUCCACUUCAAGGUGUUCCAGAAGAUGACUGGUUUUGUGCCAAGUGUAGCCAAAGCAGACACAGCACCACCUCUGGUAAGAAAUAGAAAAAAAGGAAUCCCUUGUAGAUUAGGAAAGUUCUCUAAAUCAAUUUAGUUUAAGAUAAGAGUAGCAUAAUUGUUUUAUAAAUAUUUCCAAAUGAUUGUAAUAUGCUUUGUA